AAAAUUAACUCCAAUAUAAAAAAAAUCAAUUUAUAUCCUUACCACCGACCUUGAUUAGAUUUAAACAAUAAACUCAAAAAUUUUUGGAGAUGACGUAAUUUUCUGGUAGUGUUAUUGAUUCACUCUUCCGAUUUAAGGGAAAAAGAAAAAAAAAAAAGAAAAAACCCUAAAACCCCAUUUAGCAAGAGGUGCAAUGGGAGUGAUAAAAGAGGGCAGAGUCUCCGGCACGUUGCCGAACGACGAGUCGUUUGCCGUGCACUUCCCGGGUUAUCCUAAAACGACGGCUCGCGCCAUCGAGACUCUUGGAGGAACCGAGGGGAUCCUCAGGGCUCGUAGUUCACAGUCAAACAAAUUGGAGCUCCAUUUCCGGCCAGAAGAUCCCUAUUCGCGUCCUGCAUUUGGGGAGCUUCGUCCCUGCAACAAUUUGCUGCUUAAAAUAUCUAAGAAGAAGUCCGCUGAUGGCCAAAGUGCCGAAGCUUCCAGUAAAGUACGAGAGUGUUCGACAUCAGGAGCAACUGAUUCCGAAAAUCCGAAACAGCCAUCUCAAGCUGAAGUGCAGAUAUCGGAACAAGAACAAACGAACCUUUGUGCUGAUAUUGUUUCUCGUGUUUCAGAGGCUUAUCACUUUGAUGGAAUGGCUGAUUAUCAGCAUGUUCUCGCCGUUCAUGCGGAUGCUGCCAGGAAGAGAAAGAGAAACUGGGCGGAAGCAGAGGAGCCACCCUUUGAAAAAGGUGGGUUCAUGGAUGUUGAUCAGGAGGAUGUGAUGAUGAUAUUGCCCCCGCUCUUUUCACCCAAGGAUAUGCCGGAGAAUAUAGUGUUAAGACCAUCAACCAUCUUAAGUUCAAAAAAGAAACAAGAGGGAGUUGCACAAAAUACUGCUGAGGUUGAUCUAGAGCCAGGCCUUGCAAUUGAUUUCAACAUUAAAGAGAUUCCUAAGAAAGUGAAUUGGGAGGAACUUAUAACUCGAGGCUCAGAGCAGUGGGAGUGGCAGAUGAUUGUAUCUAAACUCUUUGAUGAACAACCUAUAUGGCCCAAGGAAUCUGUGACUGAGCGCUUGCUUGAUAAAGGUCUAAAAUUUAGCCAUUUGAUGCUUAAAAGGCUUCUACUUGGGGUCGCUUACUACUUUUCAAAUGGACCAUUUCUGAGGUUCUGGAUCAAAAAGGGAUAUGAUCCUCGCAAAGAUCCUGAUUCUCGCAUAUAUCAGAGAACUGAAUUUCGUGUACCUGAACCAUUGAGGAGCUAUUCUGAUGCUAACACAGCUAAAAAAUUGAAGCAUAAGUGGGAAGAUUUAUGUUCGUUUCGAGUAUUUCCUUACAAAUGCCAGUCAUUUUUACAACUAUUUGAACUUGAUGAUGAUUACAUUCAACAAGAGAUAAGAAAGCCUCCAAAGCUAGCAACAUGCGACGGGGGAUGUCUGUGGGGUGUGGUUAUCGGAGUCGUAGGUGAUUUAGGAUGGUUCUCAGAGUGUGUGCUUGAUUGCCUGAGACUUCGUGUAGCAGUGAGGUUCUUGUCAGUAUAUCCCAAAGAUGGUGCAGAAAGCAUACGGAAAUCUUACUCUGAUGAAUUUGAGAAGUUAAAGAGGUCAUGCAUUUACAAGGAUGUCUUCAACUCUCAUCAACAGGAGAUCCGGCGAACUAAUAGAGAGCUUAUAGGUGAUGAAGAUAAAGAGAGGCCCAAAAGUUCUGAUAACGAGGAAGAUGAAAUUGACGCUGAUGAUGAUGAGGAAUUGGAUGUGUAUGAGACGCUUAAUCUGGGUGGUGAGGAUGAUGAAAUCCCUCUGCAACCAGAUACAUAUUUAGAUAUGGAAAACAACUCAAGGACAUAUUUGCAAGAGCUUUUUGGCAGCUUCCCAUCUGUUGUUGGUGGUGAUGCAAUACAAGCUGCAGACAUUAGUGAUGGAGAAUAUCAAAUAUAUGAGCAAUUUAGUGAUAAUAACUACUCCGAUGAUGAUGAUGAUGACGACGACAAUGACAGCUGACAUUCCUAACCCAGAGGUUUCCUGGUAGUUUUCCCUCCAUUGUGCUUCGUUUUACUCAUUCUCCAGGCUUCAGUCACAGCACAAGAUCAUCAUAAAUAUGAUUAAACUAGCUUAUAAUUUCAAAUUAUGCAAGACUUCUACUGGAAUGUUUGUUAAUUUAUUGGUUGGAGAAAAUAGCUAGUGUUGUUGGAUCAUCAUGUGAAGGCAGAUGCUGGUUCAACUGCAAGAUUUCUAAUAUUUCUCUCCUAAUUUCCUAAUAAUUUGCAAUUUGCAUCUUAUCAAUGACUGCA